AUGUUACAUUUCCAUCAACUUUUCUGUGUUCAUUUCCCCCACAGUACCCGCAUGCAGUCUCUGCAGGUGGACUCGGUCCAGCGCUGGAUGGAAGACCUUCGCCACAUGACGGAGGUGGAGUGUAUGUGCGUCCUCCAGGCCAAACCCAUCGGGGUGGAGGAGGACUCCCAGCAGGGAGAGCUGAUUGUGGCCUCCGGGGUUGGUGCAGGGGACCAUGUGGCCAGGAACAACCUGCAGACGCUCCUCCGCCGAGCGCUGGUGGUCAGCACGGAGCUGGGCAAGAUGUUCCAGCGACUGGAGAAGGGGCGCUGGCAGAGGGUCCACAGCACGGCCGUACGGGCAAACUGCCAUGUGCGCUCACUAGUGCAUGAGUACAGCGCUGCACGAAGCACACCGCCUGAGAUGCAGAAGUACGAGAAAUCAUUGUUAGAAAAGUGUAUGGAGCUGACAAAUAUUACAGAGAGGUGCCUUCACACUGAGGAUGAAUUCUUCCUCAAAUCCAUGAGGGAGGCCAUCCACGAGAUUCUCACAGAUGUGAGUGAUUCAUUCAGCAACAUGAUCGACAUGGCUUUAGCCAAUGAGAUCCGGGUUCUGAUCAAACAGAUUGAGUCAUCCGACAGCAUUCACACUAUUGGCAGUGCCAUUAGCAACCUGCUGUCCCUCACCCAAGAUGGACCUCAGCUCUGCAGCAUCAUCGCCAAGGAAGGAGCUGUGGUGGCUCUGUUUAAGAUCUGCAGGCAGGACCGCUUCAGAGACCUCUACGCUCACGCUUUGAGAACCGUUGCCUCCAUCUGCUGUGUGGAGGAGGGGAUUAACCAACUGGACAAGGUGGAUGGGAUCCUGUGCCUGGCCGACAUCUUGACCGAUGAAAGCAGCGUGGAAGCAGCCAGGGCCGAGGCGGCGGCGGUCGUGGCUCAGAUCACCUCACCUCACCACACAUCCACACAGCACCUCGCCAGUUUCCUGGAGAGCAUGCACGACAUCGUCACUGCACUCAUCAAGUUGUGCGAGAGCGCCUCCUGUGGUGAAGUUUUCCUCCUGGCGUCUGCAGCCUUGGCCAACAUCACCUUCUUUGACAGCAUGGCCUGUGAGAUUCUCCUGCAGCUUAAUGCCAUCCAAAUCCUGCUGCAGGCCUGCAAAGACCGCCAGAGAGUUGACACACCUUACUCCAAAGACCAGGUGGUGACGAUCUUGGCAAACCUUUCAGUCUUAGAACAGUGCGCUUCUGAAGUCCUGCAGGAACAAGGAAUAGAGCGUCUAUUACUGCUGCUGGGAGAGAAGCCGUCCUCCUCCAGUCCAUCAGAGGGCGCCUGUGAGCGUGUCCAGCAGAAAGCUGCAGUGACUCUGGCCCGUCUGAGCAGAGACCCUGAUGUGGCCCAAACUGCCAUACAGCUCAAAGCUGUUCCCCGUCUUAUUGAACUGUGUCGCUCCCCUACUGAGAGAAAUAACAGCGACUCGGUGCUGGUCGCUUGCCUGGCUGCUUUGAGGAGGCUGGCAGCAGGAUGUCCAGACAGCAUCGAGGCAGCCGACCACCAGCAGCUGAUCAAACCGCGGCUAGUCGACUCUUUCCUGCUGUGCUCCAACAUGGAGGAGAGUUUUGUAUGACGGCCUGCAAACCACAACACUGAGAGAGGAGAGCUGAACUCAUGUACAUACAAGACCAUGUACUCUACAAGCCUGCAUCUAUUUUAUGACUUUCUGUCCUGAGAACAGCUCCCAAAUUUUCAUUCUGGACACUCUUAUUUUGGGUGAAUGAAGCAGCUUGAAUGAAUGCAGAAGAUAUGCGUAAGUAAAUAAAUGUGACUCCUUGUGUAACUUGGUGAUCACAUUAAAAUGCAAUGAAUGUGUACCGUGUUCGAAAAAAAAGGGCUCGUGAAAUCAUUUAUUCCACAGAGAGCAUAACAUCAGUAAUUAUGUCAAGUAAUUAUUUUCUAC